GCCUCGCUCGCUCGCAAUAACUCUAAACGAGGCAAGAUGGCGGCUGUGGAGGCAGCGGAGGCCCCGUCCGCUCUCCUCGCGUUCACUACGGGCGACAAGAUCCUCGUGACCGUCGAUUCCGCGCUGCCCGACAUCCUCGUGGUGUCCUUCGUUCACGGCGCCAAGUGCUUCCAAGGCGUACUCCUCGACGCUACCAAGAGAGGCCUUCCUUGCGGUGUUCAGCCUCCGGAGCCGAUUCCAGGCCCCGAUGGUGACAAAUUGGCGACGAUCGCUGCACGUUUCAGCUACUUCCAAGAACGGAAGAGCACGUUAUCGACGUCGACGGCCGCUGUCGUUACCAAGGUCGAUCUUCGCAGAAGCAUCAAUCCGCCUGCCAGGUAUAAGAACGCGAGACCCACGGUUAGACUGAGACCACGCCAGGUGCUCUGCAGCAAGUGUCGGUCGAUCUGCAACGAGAAUAGCGAGAACGUCGAUGUCAGCAGGAAGCGGAAGCAUGAAGAGGUGCAACAGCAACCGCAGCAGCAGUUGGUCGCGAGUACCACGAGAAGAAGCGACCGACGUUGCGGUCAGCAAUUGCAGAAGGCCCAACGGACACUGCUUUCCGAGUGCCAAGCUGAAAACUCGACCUCCAAUCAAGCGACGAAGACAACGGCCUCGAGUCCCGACUCGUCGAAGAUGGGGGCCUCCUUGAUCCCGAAACUAGCAAGAUUACAGCCUAAUGAGAUCAGCAACGCCAUACAGGGCUCUGGUCAAUUCCCCGACAAAGUGAAAGUCGCGGCGAGCGCGCAGCCAUCGCAUUGGCCCGUCAGAGGUGAGGAGGAGACGUCUCUAAGGAACGUCCUGAGACCUACAGAAGAAAGAAUGGAGUCCACCGACUGCGACAGCAAUCCCUCGAUGGCUUAUUGCGCCACACCAAGAAGACUCAGCAGUUCGUCAGUGGAGAGUGCGAAAGUACCCGAAGAAGAGGACAAGAAAACUUUCGCAGCUGCGGACUCGACAAUGAGACUGAGAACUGGCAGAAUACCGAGGAAGAAACGUUCGGUAGGCUCGAUGGAGGAUCUCUGGGAUGAGUCUGUUUUCGAGGAUCCCACCAGAAUCGCUCGAACUACGCCGGUGAUCAAGAUCUCAUUUGGUGCGCAAGGCGAAGGUACAGUUCUGAAGAUACCUGCCAAACUUCAGGACCCCGAGUACGAACAGGAGACUGACGAUCCGGACGACACGCAGCAAGAGAGGGAUCCUCUGGAAUUACCUAGAUCCUUUAACAACGACUACGAGUAUCACGAAGAGGGUGAAGAGGACGGGCAAGAGCAAGUGGAUCCUCAAAAGCAGGGUGUGAAGGAUGCUAGUGCGAAGGCGGCCAAACGAGCUUUAAAGAAAGCCAAAAAGGAGGCUAGAAGAAAAAUGCUAGGUGGGGUGUCACCAGCGAGAUCUCCUUGCAAUGGAUCACCGAGGUACAAUCCUACUUACGAUCCGCUCUCGUAUCAUCGUCGAAAGCACAAGGUGAAGCAUAAAAAGAAACAUAAGGAAGGCCGGAAGCACAAGAACCAGCAGCAAGAGCAACAUCAACCACAGCAACAACAGUCUGAACAACCUUGCUUGGAUUCCACGGAACAGCACCAGCAGAAUUGGAAUGUCCUACCGGGUGGUGAGUCUUACAGAGCGAUCAAGGAGCAGUGCCUGAAACAGAAGCUGUCGAUAUCGCUCAAAAGACUCAAUACAAACGCGUACGCGCGUUGCGACUACCCUGUCAGCAACGCGUCCUCCGGCUGCAAGAGUUCCGGCGGCAGUAGCGACGAGCUGAGCGAGCACGAGCCGGAAGUGGAGACAGCGCCCGACUUCCCGCCGCAAUCUCAUCCUUUAGUGAUGCGACUGGCCGCUACUCCUGUCGCUCACUGUCUCACGGCUAACGGCAGGAGGAUGGACGUAGGCGAUGUCGUGUGGGGCAAGAUCCAUGGAUUUCCGUGGUGGCCUGGCAAGAUUGAAACGUUUGUGGCGCUAUUUAAAGAUAACAAUCUGCUGAAUAAGACGCUUAAUUUAAUGUUACGUUUUGUACAGGUUCUAAGUAUCACAGUAUCGUGUAAAGAGGAUGGCACCUCGUCUGGUCCUCAAGCUCAUGUGGCUUGGUACGGAUCGUCCACGAGCUCGCUAAUGUCCUGCGACCAGUUAAGUCCUUUCCUCGAAACCUUCAAGACGCGGUAUAACAAGAAGAAACGCGGCCCGUACAAAGAGGCGAUACGACAGGCUCAGGAUGAAGCUCGUAGUCAAAUUACGCCUAAUUCGACCAACAGCGUGUUGAACGUUUGCGGUUCGCCCCGUGAAGUCAACGUCCUCUCCUAAGGGAAGUUCUUCGACAACCAUUCCUUACUGCCGAGCAUCCGUCGGCGUGAUAAUUAAAGCGCUCGUGGCAAGAGAGUGCUGACCGAUUAUCCUUGAUAUUUCCAGCUGUACUAGAUUAAUCCUGAUUUCGUUUAAUUUCUCUAAUAGCUUACUCAUGUUCUUUUCAACUCUAUUUUUCGACUUUUCUAUUUUAGAUCUUUGAAUUGAUUGACUUGUAGACGCCACAAGCUAAAAAUACAUUUUGUUUCGAAAUUAAACUUUAGAUGAUUCGCACUUUUGUUUUUACGUGAGAAAUUUUUUAUGUAAGAAAAAAAGAAAGAGACUGUACGCUUAUAGAUUUCAAGACUCAAAUUCAGUUAUUAAAUUUCGUAAUCUGAAAAUCUCUUGGAUCUUCGAUUAUUUAAACUUUUUAGACUUAAAUUAUCUAAAAUUGUGAAUAUGCUUAAUCUUUCUAGAAAUAUAUCUGACGUACACUCUCUUAUCACAGACUUCUUACCGCUAAUCGCAGCAAUGACUGAAUUACGAAAAGAUAAUCGUUAUGUCACGAGCGCAGGUCAACACUGACUUUCCACGAGCGCUUGAAUUACGACGGAUCGGAAUUGUCGUGUAACAUAUGAAAUUUUGUACAUACCCCUUAGCGCUAAUGAAAUAGUUACUGAUCGAUGUUCUGUCAACCAUUUUUUCUCGCGAUUAGUCGCUUAGAGCCAGUCGCCCUGGUCACAGCUAACCUUUUCUAAUUCUGUUUAAAACUCAACGUUGAACUCAACGAACUUCGGCUCUCCACACUUGAGAAUUUUAUCGUUCCUUCGUAUUGUUGUGUCUUGGAAUUAAAUCCACGGAUUCGUAAAGUCUGAAAAAUUUCAAUUAUAAGAUUGAAAUAAAAAAAGACUUGAUUUCAGUCUUUCUAUCUCUUAGAUUAUGAACUAUCGGAUUCUAUCUCGUAGAAUAUGUGGAGCAACGAAUUCUACGAAUAGAAUAUACUCUUAGAAUGGAUUCUGAUGGGACAUGAGAUGUUGGUCAGAACCGACGAAUCAUAAUAUUUUCUCUGAUCCCGUAAUGUUCACAAUCGACUGACUCUCGGCGAAUCGAAUCGUGAACGUUUACUGCCAUCAUCACUGGCUUCUCUGUCCUCGGCUUACCAAGCGGACGGUAGCGUGUAAAAGUUUACUCUAGGUAUUUCUAGACUAAUCGUAAGUACUCACGGCAAAGUUAACUGAUCGGUUCGUUUCUUCGUUUAUUAAUCUCUCAAACGUCUCGGGCGAGACGCGAGUCGCGAUUAUCGAGGAUUGGCAAUUAUAUCGCUAAUUGUUGAUAGAAUGAACAUAAACCAUUAAUUACCCGAAACAGCGCGACUAUCUCAGAAACGCAGAUUACAAAUUGUCAUAGUUUUUACGCAAUCGUCAUUCUUCGUUAGAAACGUGGUACGUGUGUUACCAUAUGUGGUGUACAGCUUCUCAGCUUCGAUGUAUUUUUUUAUACCUAUAUUUUUUCUAUAGCGCGCAUUUUGAGUUUUUCGUCCAGAAAAGCAGCGAUUUGAGGGAUUAAGUAUGAAUUGUUGGUAGUUGUGUAUUGAUAAUUCUUUCUGUCGGCCGCCAUAGUGAUUCGUGUCGCAGAUUUAGCUGGACAAAAACGCUGGGUGUGCUUAGGAUUGUAUAUUUAAAUGUAAAUUUUCAUUCUCUUCUCCGACAAAGACAGCCAAUAUUUACGCUUUGUGCCAACACUGCCGUGUAAUUAAACAAUCGAUUGUUUGAUCUUCGAGCAACGAUAAUUGUAAAGCGACUUUCGGGCUCGCGAUUGACUGUGAAAAUAGCUUGGAUAAAUCCCGUCUCUUAAAAGCACUAAUUAACUACAAAAGCAAACUUUUCUAACAGAAAGAAAGAGAAAUGUGUAUAUGAACUAACGAAGAAUUUUCAACUUAUAGUCUCAGACAAGAGAAGUGCGAGAAAUUAAAUCUCGUAAAUUACUCAAUAGUUUUUACAUCUCUAAUAUUGACGAAAGUGAAGAUCCGAAUAAUAUUCGUGAAUUAUUAAUACGUUAGAAACUCGCCACUAAGCUUCGUCGUUUUAAAGUGAUGUAGUAAAGUCGCCCAACUCUUUCGCUCAGCGAACUUCUGAAUUGUUGUGCAAAAAUUCUCAAAAACUUCCCGACUCCGUCGAACAUCGCGAAUCAUUUCAUGAGCAGCCAUCUUAAUCUCGCAGUGGCAAAAGCGUUGUAAAACUGCGAAGGGUACUUAAGAGCUCCUAAAUUAUUACCAUCAUCGAUGCACGCUGCCACUUCCUCGAUACGGUUGUCUUCUGGAAAGAUCUUUUUUAUGCUCGAAAUUGAAAGCAUUAUUGGGUUUAUUCUCCGUGAUGCGAACAAUCGGCUUGAUUUCCGAAGACGUUGAGAGACUGUUUAUUCGGGUACAUCUCUAAGAGAAGCUCGAUCUUGCGGAAUCGCACGGAGCUUCGAGAAAAGUGGAUUGUCGGGAAUUAUUGAAACAUUAAGAAUUCUCUGAUUACCAAGUAUAGGCCUCUGUAAUUUUGCCCCCUUUCCUUCCCCCCACUCUGCUCCUUCGCUCGUCUAAUAUCAUUAAACAGUCGAGAGUUCCCAAAUUCUUGUCGAGGCGUAGCGAGUUACUAGAACAUUGAGUAUCUAUUGAUUUUAAUCAACCACAAGACAGAAUUAAUUGCGAAAUGAAUCUUACAAGAUGAGACGAAGAUUUUGCGAGGAGUCUCGCGAAAUCGGUCGCGACGAUCUUUUCGUUCGACAAAUUAUUGAUUUGAUAGUUAGGUACACGGAUGAAAACUAUGCGGACCCGAUGAUGUGGACUAAAAACGAAAACUAAACCGAUGCGAGAAGGGAAAAAUGUGUGUGAAUGUGAGAGGAGCGUGACAGAGCGAGAAAGAAAUAGCGCGAAGAGAUAAGAUGUUUUAAGUAACUGUGAUUUUUUUGCAAAUGUUUUAUAUAUAUAUUAUAUAUAUAUAAUAUAUAUAUAUGUAUAUAUAUACACAUAUAUAUAUACAUAUGUUAUACAUGAAUAUGAAUUAAUUUCUACAUACAUAAUAUAAACGAUGUUUCGAUGUCGCUGUGUUUAUACGGACUAGGCUAACAUAUCGUUAACAAAAUUAUUAUUAUUAUUAUUAUCAUUAACGAUUAUUAUUAUUACGAUGAUCAUGAUUAUUCCUUAUCGUUGCGGAGCUCGAGUGUUGCUGAUUGCUUGCUGUAAGUACACGAGGAUGGAUUGUAUGGUCGAUUAUUAGCACAUUCUUACCGCCACAUCAAGCGAAUGAAAGAGGGAAUGGAAAUUGCACAUGCCAAUUAUCACAGAAGACAAAAAAAAAAUCUUUGUGCAUUUCUUUCUUUUGUCUUACUAGGCUCGGUUAGGAAAUCAUGUUAUCCGUACUUACGUGCCGCCGUCUCGAUCGCGCACUGGUCGCUUUUGUUAUUUAAUUUUUUUCUUCGUAGUCUUGUGUUAAAUAUUUAUGCGCGAUAAAGGGAGCGUUCAUGCACGCAGUCGCUUCGUCGUAAAUCGUGCAUCAUCUCCAGACGUAACUUUUUAUUUAGAUAUAUACUAUUUAUUUUAUUUAGGAGUGAUAUAUUAUUUAUUUUAUAUUAUCGAUGAGAAUAUAUAUAUAUAUAUAUAUAUAUAUAUAUAUAUAUAUAUAUAUAUAUAUAUAUUUUGUGCGUAGUAACACGUCAAUAUACGAAUUGUCCGAUUUCUCUAUUUUUUGAUUACGCAGGAUAUAUAGCCGAGGUGACACAUUGUCUCUCUCUCUCUCUCUUUCUCUCUAAAAUGUUUUCUUACAGAUAAAACACUAACUUAACAAUGCGAAGAGAAAAAGGAAAGUACAAAUGAGUACAAUUAUGACCUGGAGAAGCUUACGUUUACAGCGAAUCGAUGCUGCGUGGCACGUGAGUGCUACUUUAACGCGCUGUAAUUAGCGCUAUUGAUUUAGGGUUCGCGAUUGAACGUUAAUUUACGAGAUAUUAAUGUCGCGAUUUGGCGAAAUUUACCAGGUAAACAAAUGGUUUGAAUAAAUCGGCAUAUCUACCUCAAA